UUUUUCUUGUUCUCUUUCCUUUUCUAUGAGAUGACACCAAAGGCUAUUUUUCUGCUUCUAGUGUUGCUUAGUUUUGUGUUCUAUUCUUCUGAAGCUACAAGACAUGAUCAGUCUCAGUUCUUCACCCUAAUGAAAGCCUCUCUAUCAGGAAAGGCCUUGUCUGAUUGGGAUGUGAGUGGAGGGAAAAAUUAUUGCAAUUUCACAGGAGUUAACUGCAACGAUCAAGGGUUUGUUGAAACUCUUAACCUCACAGACUGGUCACUCUCUGGCAAUUUUCCAGCUGAUGUGUGCUCUUAUCUGCCAGAGUUGCGUGUUCUUGAUAUCAGCCGCAACAAUCUCCAUGGCAACUUUCUUAGCGGUAUCGUUAACUGCUCUCUCUUGGAAAAGUUCAAUAUGAGUUCUCUAUUCCUAAGAACAACACUUCCGGAUUUCUCGAGAAUGGCAUCUUUACGUCUACUUGACUUGUCAUACAACCUCUUUACUGGUGACUUUCCCAUGUCGAUAACUAAUCUUACCAAUCUCGAGGUGCUCUACGUCAAUGAAAAUGGUGAAUUAAACUUAUGGCAACUUCCGGAGAACAUUUCCAAGCUGACAAAGCUCAAAGUUAUGGUUUUCACGACUUGCAGGUUGAAUGGUCGGAUCCCAGAAUCGAUCGGGAACAUGACAUCACUUGUUGAUCUUGAAUUGAGUGGAAAUUUCCUUUCAGGUCAUAUUCCUAAGGAGCUCGGGUUGCUGAAAAACUUGCAGCAGCUUGAACUAUACUACAACCAACACUUAUCCGGGACAAUACCUGAGGAACUGGGAAAUCUGACAGAGCUCAUAGACUUGGACAUGUCAGUCAAUCAAUUGAGUGGAAGCAUUCCAGUGUCUAUAUGUCGACUUCCAAAACUUCGAGUCCUGCAGCUUUAUAACAACAGUCUUACAGGAGAAAUCCCAGGUGUUAUUGCAAACUCAACAACCUUGACCAUGCUCUCACUCUAUGCAAAUUUCCUAUCGGGACAACUUCCACAAAAUCUGGGCCAGUUAUCAAGUAUGAUUGUUCUGGACUUAUCAGAGAACAAUCUAACAGGUCCAUUGCCAACAGAGGUUUGCCGAGGAGGUAAAUUACUGUACUUCCUUGUCUUAGAUAACAAGUUUUCUGGAAAGUUACCUGAUAGUUAUGCAAACUGCAACUCUCUUAUACGGUUUCGAGUUAGUCAUAACUAUUUGGAGGGCUCGAUACCUGAAGAACUUCUAGGUCUCCCUCAUGUUUCAAUCAUUGACUUGGCUGACAAUAAUUUUACGGGUCCUUUUCCAAAUUCAAUUGGAAAUGCUAGGAACUUAUCCGAACUGUUCAUGCAGAACAAUAAGGUGUCAGGUGUUCUACCUCCUGCAAUCUCUCGAGCUAUCAAUCUGGUGAAGAUUGAUCUCAGUAACAAUCUCCUGUCUGGUUCAAUACCUUCAGAAAUUGGCAAUCUAAAGAAGCUAAACUUACUGUUGUUGCAAGGCAACAAGUUCAGUUUUUCUAUCCCCAGCUCACUUAGUUUGCUAAAAUCUCUCAAUGUUCUUGAUCUUUCCAACAAUCUCUUGACCGGGAAAAUCCCUCAGAGCCUCAGUAAAUUGUUGCCUAACUCCAUCAACUUUUCAAACAACAAACUUUCUGGCCCAAUUCCUCUCUCAUUGAUUGAAGGAGGGUUGGUGGAAAGCUUUUCAGGCAACCCAGGUCUUUGUGCUCCAGUCCAUGUUAAAAAUUUCCCCAUAUGUUCACACCCUUACAACAAAAAGAAGCUAAAUUCCAUGUGGGCAAUCAUUAUCUCAGUCAUUGUCAUCACUAUUGGAGCUCUUCUGUUUUUGAAACGUCGUUUUAGCAAAGAAAGAGCUGUAAUGGAACAUGAUGAGACGUUGUCUUCAUCAUUCUUUUCAUAUGAUGUGAAGAGCUUUCAUAGAAUAUGUUUUGACCAACAUGAGAUCCGUGAAGCAAUGGUAGAUAAGAACAUUGUGGGCCAUGGAGGAUCUGGCACAGUGUAUAGAAUUGAAUUGCGAAGUGGAGAGGUUGUUGCAGUGAAGAAGCUGUGGAGUAGAACAGAAAAAGAUUCUGCCUCAGAAGAUCAGUUGAUUUGGGACAAAGGCUUGAAGACUGAGGUUCAGACUCUUGGAAGCAUAAGGCACAAAAACAUAGUCAAGUUAUAUUGCUACUUCUCAAACUUGGACUGUAACCUGUUGGUUUAUGAGUACAUGCCGAAUGGAAACCUUUGGGAUGCUCUUCACAAAGGGCGGAUCCAUCUGGAUUGGCCAAUUCGACAUCAAAUUGCACUAGGGAUUGCACAGGGCUUAGCAUACCUUCACCAUGAUCUGUUGCCACCUAUUAUUCACAGAGACAUCAAGUCAACCAAUAUCCUACUGGAUGUCAAUUACCAACCCAAAGUUGCAGAUUUUGGAAUAGCCAAGGUUUUGCAAGCUAGAGGAGGGAAAGAUUCUACCACUACUGUCAUAGCGGGCACCUAUGGUUACUUGGCCCCUGAAUACGCAUAUUCAAAUAAAGCAACAACCAAGUGUGAUGUCUACAGUUUUGGAGUGGUGUUGAUGGAACUAAUAACUGGGAAGAAACCAGUGGAGGCAGAUUUUGGAGAGAACAAGAAUAUUGUAUAUUGGGUUUCAGGAAGGCUGGAUACAAAGGAUGGGGUUAUGGAGGUCCUGGACAAGCGGCUUUCGGGGUCAUUUAAGGAUGAGAUGAUUCAGGUUCUCAGAAUUGCCAUGCGUUGUACAAGCAGGAAUCCAAACCACCGUCCAACCAUGAAUGAGGUUGUUCAGCUGUUGAUUGAGGCAGACCCUUGCAAAUUUGAUUCUUGCAAGUUGUCAAAUAAGACCAAAGAAGCAUCAAAUGUCACAAAAAUAAAGAACCAAUCAGAAGUAUGAUCAGAUCAGUGCUAUAUGAUGGAGUUUUAGGUGAAGUAACAUAGCAUCUAUAGAACCGUAGCGUCUUCUAAAAUAUUGAGAGACCAAUCAUAAAAGCUCUUUGUUAUUUCUUUUUCUUCUUCUCUUUUUUUAUUUUUUUAAAUUUUGCUGAUAAGUGGCUUGUAGAUUCUCUCUCUCUUUUUCUUCCUUUUUAUUUUGUUUUUAGCUCUUGUAAGGACCUAAGGAAUUUAAUCACUAUAACUGCUUUAUGGUAACGCACAGCAUCUGUAUGAAAUCAUUGCAUAGCUUUUGAAAGCUUUGUUUUCUCCUCUUUA